AUUUCACUUCUGAAAGCUUCUGAAAGCUGAACGUUGAUUUCUAAGAUGACGAGCAAGUCGAUAAUAUCGAUACUGACUGCGUUUCUCGCUUUCCUAUUGAUUUCUGUACAGGCUACAAACCCUGGAAUGCGCCUUCGCAUUACUGAGAAAGGUCUGCAAUACGUUGACUCAAUAGCCGUCCAAGUUCUUGAAGAGAAAAUCAAGACAGAGAGUAUACCGGACAUAUCUGGAGAUGCUGAUACACCAGUUGGCCAUGUCUCCUACUCACUUUCAAAGUAUGUUUAUUUGACCUGCUCGGACUCGCGAGAGGUGAGUCAGCCAGCGAAGCAAGCCNCUCUCAUAAACUACUCACUGGUUUCAAAUCCUAACUUUACUGAGUCGUACACGGACAUCUUCAUUAAGGGAGAGUUUCAAUCUGCGACGGCACCAAAAGAGGCUCCGUUUUCUCCAGCACCCCUCCCCCCUGAUUCAGAGUCAGCUAAGAUGGUGUACGUUUGGGUAACCGACUACUUACUGAACACAGCUGGGCUUGUUUAUCAAGAUGCAGGAAUACUCAAUGAGACUGUCACUCCGUCAAUGCUUCCUCCAAACUUUUCUUACCCUCUAAAUACCAACACGUUUAAACUAAUCAUACCCAAGCUUUACCGGAUGUACCCAAACUGCCCUAUGAAGCUGGUGGCAUACUCUACUCAGCGACCCACGUUAUCAACAACCUCAGCAGGUGUGGACCUGUUAAUCACUGGUCAGGUGGAAUCCUUCGUACAGCUAGAAAAUGGCUCGUUUGUGUACACCUUUACAAUGGGAUUGAAUAUUUCUGGCCGCGCAAAGGUUGCGGUGAGAAAAAAUAAUGUUACCGGACACGUGGACACUCUCAAGGUUGGAGUCAGUUUGAUUAGAUCAGCCAUUGGAGACAUCAUGAUCGACAUAAAGCUUCUUCAGUUUGUCUUGGACGCUUUUGCAGACAACAUUAUCGUCAAGCAGCUUAACAAAAUUGGCGACAUUGGGUUUCCUCUACCUGUUGUGGACGGCAUUGAGGUGAUAAACGCAGAAGUUGUUUCUGGCCAGAAUUUCAACUUGAUAGCAGCAGAUGUGAAUUAUUCACCCAGUGGGAAUGCUGGGCCAGACAAAACUCCGCAGGGAAAGAACAAGAUAGUUGUUGUUUGAGCGUCUCAUUUCUGCGCCGAAGUGGUCUGUUAGCAGCAAGGUCACCCGAUAUUGAUCAGAGCUGUUGAAAAAUAUAGGAAACAUUCAGUCUAUUAGUAAAUACCAUUGCGCUAUGAUGAAAUAAUGAUAGUAACAAUAGCCAAAGUUCCCUUUGGUUCUAGGUGUACCUAUUAUCUAUGAAUAGCAGUAAUCUCGCGUUGCAAUAGUUGAAGGUUACAGAAAAGCACUUCAACGGAUUGCCGGAUACUGAGUUACAUGCAGUUCGUGCGUUUCUUGAGUGAAAAGUAAAAAUCAAAUUUCAAUUUUCUCAGGUGUCCUUACUGUGUUACUGUCGUCUCCAUUCUGGCACUACUAAAGUUUGAUCAGUAUAUCUGCUAAGUCUAUGACAAUAAAUGACAUUACAUGUACGUUCAUUGCUUUCA